AUGGCACCAAUAAGCCGUGUUCCAAAAUGUCAGAUAAUCAGACCUAUUGUGAUUGGAAAUAUUGCUAUGCCUUUAGGUGAUAGAAAGAAGCCAGAUUCAGAUCAUACACAUGCAUGGACAGUGUCUGUAAAAGGGAUUUAUGAUGAGGAUUUAUCAUAUUUUAUUAAAAAAGUGGUUUUUAAGCUACACGAUACAUACCCAAAUGCUACAAGAACAGUUGAUAAGAGCCCGUUUGAAGUUUCGGAGACAGGAUGGGGGGAAUUUGAUAUUGCAAUACGUAUUUAUUUUGUGCCAGAAGCAGCAGAAAAAAGUAUUAGUCUUUUUCAUCGAUUAAAAUUACAUCCAUAUGGACCAAACUCAGAAAUUAUUCGAGAGCAAGGUCUUUCUGUAACAAGUUAUCAAUAUGAUGAAAUUAUAUUUAAUGAGCCUACAGAAGCCAUGUAUGAUAUCUUAACAAGACAUUCACGAGCAGUUUUACCUUUAGACCGUUCACCUACUAAUUUAUUUAGUAUGAUCUAAGAGGACUAAAAUUGAUAGUUUUAUGACUAAUGAUGAUAAGGUCAAAGAACAGAACAAGAAGAGCUAGAUCGUUUAGAACUUGCAUUAAGAAAAGUAGAAGAAAUGACGAAAGAAUAUAAGGAGAAAAUAAUUCAGCUAGAAAAG